AUGGCUGGGACUGCUUUUUCUGCGCAUAUUAAGGAUCUUGUUACUGAAGUUUUACAUCAAACUAAUUAUCUUAAAUGGGUACAUCUCAUUCAACUUGUUAUUGAGAUGUAUGAUUUGUUUGGUCACAUUGAUGGUUCUGAAUCACAUCCUCCUGAAUUUAAUGUUUCUUCCGAUGUUGCAGAUGCUUGGAUCACAUUAAAAAAUUACUUUUUCCAUCAAUCCACAGCGAGAGAAAUGCAGUACAAGCAUCAAUUACAUACAAUCAAAAAAGAAGAUCUCUCUACAGAUGCUUAUAUGUCUAAGAUUCAGGAAUUAGCUGAUUGUCUCCACUCUAUUGGUCGUUGUGUUAAUGACUCCGAAUUGGCUUGUACUUUGCCUUCUCCUAAUCUAGUAUCACCUACUACAUCUUUGGUUACUACAAUAGCUGACCCUCUUUCCUCUACUUCCUCAGGAUAUCAUGGACGUGGUCAUGGUCGUGGUCGCGGUCGCGGAGGUGGCCGUCGUCAUGCUCAAGAUUAUGAUCGUGGCAUUAUUUCACAGUUUCAUUAUACCCCGUCACCUACCCCAGUUUCUCGUGGUGGUCCUUUCCAGCAUUCUACCUCUGGUCGUGGUGUCUUGGCUCCCUCACCUUAUCACUUGCCUGCAUUUGUGGCUCCUACUCCCACUUUUACUACUGUGAUUUGUCAGAUUUGUGAUCUUUCUGGUCAUACGGCAUUUGCCUGUCCUCAACACCAUAACCAUGCUUAUACUGCUCCUAGUCUUCAGGCGAAUAUGCCAGCACUCUCAUUGCAGUCCCCUCCAGACAAGAAUUGGUACUUGUAUUCUGGUGCAACCGCACACAUGACUAAUAAUCUGGGUAAUCUCUCUUCCUUUUCUCCUGUUUCAAAUGAUUCCAUCUUGGUUGGUAAUGGUACUUGUAUUCCCGUUACCGGUAUUGGUUCUUCUUCUCUUUCUACUCCUUCUUGCUCCUUUACUUUGUCCCCUGAUUUGUCGACGGGGAAAGUUUUGCAUCACUCCCACACUGAUAGGCCUCUAUAUCCUUUUCAGUCUUCCUCUGCAUUGUCAUCGUCUGCUCAGCCAUCAACCUUUGUUGCUCUACAUGACUCUAGUUCUAUUUGUUCUAAACAUUCGGCUUUGCCGUUUUCUUUAAGUACUUCAACUACUUCUUAUAUUUUAGAAUUAGUUCAUUCUGAUGUUUGGAAGUCCCCUGUUCCCUCAGUUAGUGGUUAUCAUUAUUAUGUUCUUUAUAUUGAUGAUUUCACUCGUUACACAUGGAUUUAUCCUCUUCGUCAUAAAAGUGAUGCCAUAUCUUGUUUUACCCAUUUUAAACUUCUUGUUGAAAAUCAAUUUGGUGGGUCUAUUAAGACAUUUCGUUCAGAUGGCGAGGGAGAGUAUCAAAGUUCUUCCUUUAUCUCUUUUCUCCGCUCGCAUAACAUUCAUCAUCAAUUAUCUUGUGCUCACACACCUCAGCAAAAUGGUGUAGCUGAGCGUAAGCACUGUCAUAUUACAAAUGUUGCUCGCACUAUACUUUUUCAUGCUCAUGCCCCUCUUUCUUUAUGGGUUGAAGCUUUUCUUACUGCUGUUCAUCUUAUUAAUCGUCUUCCUUCUUCCUCCCUUGCUAAGUUGUCUCUCUACGAAAACCUAUUUGGGGUUCCACCUGACUAUACCAUUUUAAAACCUUUUGGGUGUCUUUGUUAUCCUAAUUUGCGUCCUUAUCAUUCUCACAAACUUGACUCUUCUUCCUCUCCUUGCAUAUUUUUAGGGUACAAUUCUAGUCACAAGGAAUAUCGGUGUCUACGUCUUGAUACUAACCGUGUCUAUAUUAGUCGCUCUGUUCGCUUUAUUGAGCAUUGUUUUCCAUAUGCAAAUUUAUCUGCUUUUCUACCUCCUCGUCCUUCUAUGCCCCAUGUUCUCCUCCCUAUACCUGCUGCGUUACCUAGUCCUACGCCUACUGCACCCGAGUCUACUAGUUCUGCUACUACUUUCAUGUCCCCCUCUUCUUCUGUUGAAUCUCCUAGUUUAUCUUCCCUUCCUCCUAGCUCCUUAGAGUCCUUGUCCUUGCCGUUGUCUAGUAAUGACUCAUGUCCUAUAUUCACCUCCACAAUUGAGCCAUUAACUUCAAUCUCUAAUUCUGCUCAUCCCAUGAUUACUUGA